AUGGGAGGCGUUGCUUCGCUACUUUCGUACACGCUCUGGCGCGCCAUCACCUUCCCCGUCUUCUAUCUACUGGUUGUCAUCCUCGUCGGCACAGCAGUAAUGCAGAUCAAAUACGUCAACCGAGCUCUCCAACGCUUCGACGCAACGCAGGUCAUCCCCGUCCAAUUCGUUCUCUUCACUCUUUCUGUCAUUGGCGGAUCCGCAGUCCUCUACCGCGACUUCGAGCGCACCUCAGGAGAAGACGCUGGGAAAUUCGUCGGCGGAUGCGCCCUAACCUUCUUCGGUGUCUGGCUCAUCACCAGCGGCCGCCCAUCGAACCAUGACGAUUCAGACUCCGACCACGAUCCAGAACCCGAAGACGCCAUCCACCUCGCCGGCGAAACCUACACAGACGCCAUCAACGAACCAAGCGAAGAAGGCCCCGGAAGCACACGCCGUUCCUCAACAACACGCGCCCUCUCCCCACCCGCAUCCGUCCAACGCCGCUACCAAGACUCCACCGAAGAAGACACACGCCCCUCAACCCCAAACAUCACAUUCACCCCCACCGACCCCUCCACCCCACCAAACCCCACCCGCCCCGCCACCGCCGACAUAAUCUCCUCCCUGGUCGCAAACCCCUGGUCCCACCCCAACGAACCCACCCACCGCAGCACCCCACCCCUAAACCGCCACACUUCCACCCCCGUCCUCCCUUCUGAAGCCGCCCCUGCACCCUUAGUCUCAGUCUCCGACACCCAUCUCCCGCCGCCCAGCACGCCCACGCGCGGGAAAUCGUCGAAUGAAGUUCCCACGACGCCGGGAUCGGGUAUGGGACUCAGGAGAUUGAGAACGAGUGAUCGGGUGCAAAGUGCGAGGAAUAGUAUUGCGGGUGGUCCGCUACUGGCGAGUCCGCUGAGUACGAGUUUGAGUACUAUGGUUCAGGAUUUGAAACGGGGGGGUAGUGUUAGGAGGAGGGAGAGUCUUCUUGCAUUAGCCGCGAGGGACAGGGAAAGAGAUGGAUUGGGACAAGGGGAGGAUGGUAUGAUGGGUGCGGGUUUGGUGGUUGGUGAGCCGUUGAGUAGGAGACGGACGAGGGAUAGUGCGAAUGCCGAGGAUGGUGCUGGUGGUAAUGCUGGGGCGAGGACACCGGGCGGUGGGAGGAGAGUUGGCAGAGGAAGGAGUUUGAGUGCGCUUAGUACGUUGAGUGGGCUUUGGAGGGGGAUUAGGGGGCAGGGGAGUAGGGAGGAUAUGAGGGCUGAGGAGGGGAGGAGGGAUGGUGAGGCUGAGAGGUGA